GGGGUCAGUAACCUGUGGAGGGAGCAAAAAAGGGGGGGAAAGGAUUUACUUGGGAAAAGCUCGGAAAGUUUGGGAUUUAUCCGUGUUGGCGUUUAAAAUUGCUAUACAAUUUCUUUCUAUUAGAGGUUUUAAGGGCCUUCUUUUGGUUUUUACAUCUUUUUAAAGCGAAAGGCUCCACCUGUAGCUGAGGAAGACAGACAGACAAAAGGGAGCACCAAGGGCUUGGACCAUCUGCCCCGAGGAGUCAAGGAGACAGGGAAAGAAAGGAAGAAACUGCCGCUGUCGACUGUAGCUUCCUAUUGUGCACAAAUGUAUGCUGAAAAAGUUGUGACUGAAGGAAAGAUGGGGAGCAGGGGCAUCUCUCUGACCUGUGUACUGACCCCCUGUCGGGUAAUUGGAGUGUGUGUAACGCUGAUGACCUUGGGAGCCAUUGGAGCAGCCGUUUGGGCCGUAGUUACAUAUUGCACAAUGGAGGAAGACAUAGAACAGUAUGAUGUUCAGGUAAAUUCACCUGACCAGCAUCUCAGAGUCUUCGACUCCACUCACAGGAGGUGGCGUCAGGUGUGUUCCUCCCCAGCUGAUGAACUGCUAGCUAGCAUCAGCUGUGAAGAAGUGGGAUUUGUCAGCGUGGUGAAUUACUCAGUCACAGCUGCGUCAGAGGCCAGCGGCGAUGCUGGAGACUUCUUCUGCGUCAGACAGGAAGAGCUCAGCUAUGGCAAGAAAAUCAAAGACUCAUUGUAUCCAUGUGACUGUGAAAGCCGGGAAGUUCUCACACUGUUGUGCCAAGACUGCGGCAGACGUAGUUUUGCGGCAGACCGUAUAGUGGGUGGUGUGGACGCGAGGCACGGUAGCUGGCCUUGGCAAGUCAGUUUGCAGUACGAUGGUGUUCAUCAGUGUGGAGGAUCCAUUAUCUCAGACCGCUGGAUUGUUUCUGCAGCUCAUUGUUUCCCAGAGCGGUAUCGCUUUGUUAAUCGCUGGCGUGUGCUGUUGGGCUCCAUCUACAAUAAGCCUGUCAAUGCCAAUGUAGCAGAGGUGAAGACCAUUGUUUACCACAGCAGCUACCUGCCCUUUGUCGAUGCUAACAUUGACGACAACAGCAGAGACAUCGCUGUCCUGGCCCUCACUCAGCCUCUCACUUUCAAUGAAUACAUCCAGCCCGUUUGCCUGCCUGCAUAUGGCCAAAGGCUGAUAGAUGGACAGAUGGGAACAGUGACAGGCUGGGGAAAUGUAGGGUACUAUGGCCAUCUAGCAGAUGUUCUACAGGAAGCCAAUGUCCCCAUCAUCAGUGACGCCGUCUGCAAUGCUCCUGACUACUACGACAAUCAGAUCACUACUAGUAUGUUCUGUGCUGGCUAUGAGAAAGGAGGCACUGAUGCCUGUCAGGGAGAUAGUGGUGGACCCUUUGUGGCUGAAGACUGCUUAUCCAAGACCACUCGAUAUCGUCUGCUAGGAGUAGUGAGCUGGGGAACUGGCUGUGCCAUGUCCAAGAAACCUGGUGUCUACACCAGAGUGUCCCGAUUUCUGCCCUGGAUAUCCUCAGCCAUGAGGAACUAUCAAAACUCACCCGGUGUUCAUAAAAUGGCACGGACAUGAGAUUCCUGCUUUCAUGUUUCUGCUUUUUCCACUCUUGGAUGACAAAAUGGACAGUCCCCAUAAGUGAUACUGUGACUACAUAGGUGCUACGACAGGGGGAAACAAGGCUGUGAUGUUCCCCUCUUGUCAAGGCUUCCCUUCUCACUGAAACAUUUUUUCCGAGGAUUUUAACAACUCUCUGAGCCUUUACUGUAGAGUGAAAAGUCUGGACACAGUCACACCUUCAUAUUCAUACCGUACAUAUUAUCAAAUGUUAAUAGAGGCUUAUGUCUUUGCAGGGAUACACAGACAGAGCCCAGACAUGAGGAUUUCAAGUGGUCAGCUUACUGAUUCACUGCAGUUAUCAGAACCACUACAGUUUGUAAACUACAUUAUUUUUCUGACACAAUUUUCUUUGUAUUUCUGUGUAAAAAAAAAAAAAAGUUACCAGAAGUAAACCUAUAAAUACAACAUGAGUUAAUUGCAGACUUAUAAGAUUUAGAAUAGCUCAGGUCUGUUUGAAGAUGAUGUAAUUUCAAGCCUCAUUUUAGGAAAUUCUUCUUUAUGUGGAGAUUUUAUUUGUUCGCCCCACACAAGUCACUUUCUUCAGUGUUGGUCUUCCUGCAGCCUUCUACUCAGCAAGCCGCAGUGAGUGCACACUGCAUCAUCAAUUAGUACUAAAUACCUAAAGUACUUUGGUCUUAACAGAUAAAUAGAGAUUAGUGCUAAUUAACAUGUAGAGAAAUCCUGGAGUUUCUGUUUUUUAAACUUAAAACUCACAACAGUUAUUUACAGUUCAACCUGUACGUGUGUGAUACACGCCAUAUCUUUUUAUAUGCAGUAGCUUUACUUUUUUAUAAUAAAAAUAAUAAUAAAUCAUACAGAUUACUGUUAAAAUCAGUCUGUUUUUUGUUGUUGCCUUGUAAAUAUUAGUCAGUGUCUUGUUUAUGUAGAUGUUUAUUUGUGACAUUUUACACAUGUCUAAAAGACUCGCUGAUCUGAAGAGCCAACAGUGCAAUACCGACUAUAAUCAUGUUCUUAUUAAAUAUGUACUUUGCAGACUUUUAUACUUCGACUUGUGACUUUCAACUUUCAAAUGCUAAAGGUGUCCCAUCACAUUAACUGGUUUUAUUCCUCCUACACACAUAUACGCACACACAUUACUGUAUAUCUUGGUUAUGUUCUUACUUAUUGUAGUGGCUGCUGAAAAUUGAAUUCAUACAUGAUCCAAAUAAAUGAGUCGAUAUUCUACAUCAAGAACAUCAAAAUUUAUUAUGAUGUAGGCGUCAGUGGUAAGAUUGACUUGUAAACAGAUUUUACCGAGCAGGACGUACUGCAGUUCAAUCAAGUCUGUUCAGUCUAAUAGUUACUAUUUAGCACCACCAUGUGGAAUAAAAUUGUUUUACACUUACAGGAUUUAUGAUGUGCAUACUAUAAAUAUUGUAAAAUGUAAUUGUUGCAUUGAGUGUUGUAUUGAAAUAAAGCUUUAAUUGGCCACAGG